GACAUUUCAUAGAAGUUGUUGUUGGGGCUUUUCAUUACGUGCCCCUGCUGUUCCAGCCAAUUUUCAUUAGGAUUUUUCGUUUUUCUUUUGCACGCGCGUAGGUUCAAUUCUAUCGUGGAUAAGUUAAUAACAAUUAGCGCAUUGGCACUAUUAACACUAGACGAAUUAAGCGAAUAACUGUGCAAUGAUGGCUAUGUCAGCUAUGAAUGUUAUGAUCAAGCGAUCCGCCACCGCCGGAUUACAAAUGUUGCGACCCCAAGCUAUUGCUGCAGUUGGAUCCACUCUGGGCAGUGACAAGCAGCAAAACCGCGGCGCAGCAAAAUGGUAUCCAGAUCCAGAAUUCAUGAAACAAUUCAGUGGCCCUGUCAUGUAUCCAGAUGAAUCCACAGCCCUAAUGAAGCUACCGCCAUGGAAUAGUAAAAUUAUGCCUGUGGAAAAGUCUGUACGUAAUUUGACAAUUAAUUUUGGACCACAGCAUCCAGCAGCUCACGGUGUGUUACGUUUAGUUUUGGAACUGGAUGGUGAGACCGUAAUGCGUGCUGAUCCCCAUAUUGGUUUGUUGCAUCGUGGUACCGAAAAGUUGAUUGAAUACAAAACCUACACGCAGGCAUUACCAUACUUCGACCGUCUUGAUUACGUAUCGAUGAUGUGCAACGAGCAGUGCUAUUCCUUAGCCAUAGAGAAACUGUUAAACAUUGAAGUGCCAUUACGCGCCAAAUAUAUACGCACACUUUUCGCUGAAAUUACACGUAUCCUCAAUCAUAUUAUGGCCGUGGGUACACACGCUUUGGAUGUGGGCGCGCUAACACCUUUCUUCUGGCUUUUCGAGGAACGUGAAAAAAUGAUGGAAUUCUAUGAGCGUGUUUCCGGCGCACGCAUGCACGCCGCCUAUAUACGUCCCGGAGGCGUGUCAUUGGAUAUACCACUCGGCCUAAUGGAUGAUAUUUACGAGUUCGCAUCCAAAUUUUCCGAACGUUUAGAUGAAGUAGAAGAUGUACUCACCACUAACCGUAUUUGGGUGCAACGUACGGCUGAUAUUGGUAUUGUUUCGGCCGAAGAUGCUUUAAAUUAUGGCUUCAGUGGCGUUAUGCUGCGCGGUUCGGGUAUUAAAUGGGAUUUACGUAAACAGCAACCGUACGAUGCAUACGAUCUAGUUGACUUCGAUGUACCAAUUGGCACCAAGGGUGAUUGUUACGAUCGUUAUUUGUGUCGUGUUGAGGAAAUGCGUCAAUCGCUGAGAAUUAUCGAUCAGUGUUUGAAUCAAAUGCCAGCUGGUGAAAUUAAGACCGAUGAUGCUAAAAUAACACCACCUUCACGUGCCGAAAUGAAGAACUCAAUGGAGGCACUCAUUCAUCACUUCAAACUCUUCACUCAAGGUUAUCAAGUACCGCCUGGCGCUACAUACACAGCAAUUGAAGCACCAAAGGGUGAAUUCGGCGUCUACUUGGUGUCGGAUGGCUCAAGUCGUCCUUAUCGUUGCAAAAUUAAGGCGCCCGGAUUUGCACAUUUGGCGGCCUUAGACAAAAUCGGCAAACAACAUAUGUUGGCUGAUAUUGUGGCGAUUAUCGGUACACUCGAUGUGGUGUUCGGCGAGAUCGAUCGAUAAAUACAAAUAAUUGCUGGCAAAGUUAAAUUUUAGUCAAAUAUAAAGUGUAAAAUGGAGUUUUUCUGCAAACAUCUGUGUUAAACAAUGAAAAGUUUGUAAUAAACAGAGUUUAUUGAAACCAAACAAUUAGCGAAAAAAUUAAAAUAUGUA